AUGAGGAAGCCAGAAUCAGGAAGAAAGAAUCAUGUGGAAGAUCACAAAUCUUCAGCUGUGAAGUAUGCUUGGUCAUCUGCUCUGGAUGAUUUAAUGCUUGUAAAGGAUCCAAGAACUGUUUCUGGGAGAAAGAAACAGGUUGCUAGAUUUCCACAAUCUUGGCCUUCUGAAGGUCACAAGAACAAAAAGUUCAGGAAAAUACCAGGUCAGUACUCGGGUUACAUUGAAUCUCAUGUGUCUGAGAUAUUGUUUAAGGUUCCAAUCGAAGUUAUGGUAUUUUACAUUCUUGUAGUCUACAUGUUGGAGGCAUGGCGAGGAUCCUCUCGGAUUCUGGUUCUCCUCGUUGUCUAA